AUGAAAGACAAGAGAUAUUUGUUCAUUAUUGGAAUCUUGGGAGAUAUAAAUAGACCCUAUAGUAUUGUUGAACUGGAACAAGAACAUAUUUUUGAUUUAAAAGAUCUUCAAGAAAGAACUUCCAUCAAUUGGGACAAGGAUGAACAUAAUGAGAAAGUGUACUGGAAUAAAUUAAGAAUCCUACAAACCAGGCCGGACUAUCCAAAUAUGUGUUUGUUUAAAUACAAGUUUGAAGAUAUCGAAUUCAAAAAAAUUAAUUUGACCGAAAAGGGUAGAAAGAAAAUCCAAAUUAAUAUAAAAGAUACUGAACUGAAGCAAAAGUAUACACAAAAAAUUCCAUUAACUAAAAAGAAAUACGACCACUUACAAUUUCUUUUCCAGAAAAAAGUUAUUCCAUGUCAAUAUCAUGAUUUUUUUAAAAACCUUCCGUCUGCGGAAAAGGCCGCAGCCCAAGAUUCAGACAGUGAUGCUUAA